CAUUUGUGUGCAGCGACGCUGUCGGUUGCCAGUUUUUUUCUGCUUGCAAGUAAACGAGCAAAGCAGAAUUGGAAUUUUGUUGAGUUUACACUUUCAGUGCAUUAUCUGUUUAUUAUAGGUUUCAUUUUGCUUUUUCCAGUGACUCGUUCGGGUUGUUGUGUUGUGUUGUCGAUUCGUGGCGGUUUGUGUAAUAGAAAAAUUUCUUAAAAUAUAUACAAUAUUAAGACGUGUGCAAAAGCGUUUCCAAAGCAAAUUAAAAAUAUGUGCAUACAUCCACUACAAACAAAAUAAAAAAAUGUAGUGGGAAAGUAGACGGUUUUUGUUUUGUUGGUUUGUCGGCGUGUUUGCUUGUUUAGUGCCUUGCAGAGAGUACGCGCGCAUUUGUAUGCAUGUCAAUUUUGUAAAAUACAAUGUGUCAGCAUAAAAAUUGAACUAUGCACUUACAUUCAUAUGCAGUAGAUGCAUUUUUUUAUGGAAAUAUGAAGCUGAACCAUUUAUUGUACGUUCAUAAAAAGUUUUAAAGAAGUCGAGAAGUGUAUAGUUUUGUGAACAUAAUAAGUCAAGGACGAAAUUUUGUAAUUCUGGAAAGAAUGCUGCAUAAAUAAAAUUAGCAUAAUUAAAAUUGCAAAGAAAGAAAAGGUGUUUUUUCCUGCUUUAAAUAAAAACAGAACGGAAGUAUAAGCUACCAAACAGAUGCAACUAAGUCAGUGUGGGUCAGGCCGACGCGGAAAUUUGAGAAAUUUGAACGAAAUCAUUUACAUACAUACAUACAUACAUAUGUGAAUUGGAAUAUUCAGUUUUAAAAUAUACUUAUUAAUUGGCGUCCUGGAGACGUCCAACAAAAAGACCUGCUAACAACCUAAAACAGCUCUAAUUCUGAAAAAAUCAACUCAUCUGGAUACCAAAUGCGAAUAUUAUCAACUGCGCUGGAUCAAAAAUUAUAGAUUCUAAUCCCCUAUACCUAUAUUUCUUAUUUAUCGCAAACCUUUAUCGCUCUUCUCCGCCGUAAUUCAAAUCACGCCCUCUUCUUUCGUUUCACAUACUUUCUUUCCCCCCCGCUAACCGUUGUUAUGUUAAUCAAUGCAGUCAAUGCAUGCUUGCAUGAAGAAGCUACGCGUUUUAGUGAUGCUGUUGUACCAAAUAAAUUAAUUACAUGCAAUAGUGUAUCUGCUGCAACAAAGAAUUCAACAAAAUCCAAAGUGAAAACAUUUACCGAACAUCUGCACGAUUGCAUUGCCAGGGAACGCUACCGAAUGGCGAAUAAAAUGAAAGAGACUGCUUAUGAAGGUACUCCAGUUGUCGGGAUUUAUGCUGGUUGUGGUGUUGGCACGCGACAGCAAUUGGAAUCGAUGCGACGCGCUUGCUGGUGUCAACAGCAGCAAGAACAAUUGAAAUGCGUGAAUUGCCAAAGGGCUACCGCUGCCGCCGCGACAGCUACGACAAUGGCGACAACGACGACGAUGACUACCAGAGUCGUGGCAGGCGGCUCCGAAGGCGGCAUAGAAAGUGAUAAAUAUGAUGAUACGAAUUCCGGUUCUGAAUGGGAAUCGGAUUCUAUUUUGGUGGAUAAUCGUACGGACAGCGAUAGUGAUACAAAGUCGGAUAUUGGUAGUGAGACAGUUACAAAGGAAUUUUUUGUCGAUAAAGAAGUGACAACGGUUUUGAAUGGUGCUACUUUUAGUAAAAUUAUGAAAAAUAUUCAAAGUAAUAAUAAUAAAAAUGCUAGUGAUUCUAAUAAUUGCAAAGAAAAAAUUGCGAAAACUUAUAAUGAUCGUGUAAGUCAUAGAGCCGCUGUUAAUGUGGACUGUGGCAAGAAAAUUGUUAAUAAACGUAGUAGUAAUAAUAAUAAUAAUGUAGUACUUAGUGAUUUUAGUCCAAAACUCGCAACUAUAAAUUUAAGCCAAAGUAGUAAUUUAAUUGAAAGUAUCGUAGAAACCAAAACCAAAACAAAAACUACAACAAACUCAAUGGAAGCCGAUGAGACGAUAAGAAGUAAGGAACCAUCGAUACAAAGUGGAAUUUUCAAUGUGGUGCGUGAGCAACUUCUUAACUUUUGGUUGACAUUUGUUGCGUAUUGUGAUGCAGUUACCAUUAAACAUGAUGAUCCUCGUUUCGCCGAAGCACGGAGACGUCAGGAGCAGGAAAACAAGAGAAGAGAGCAGGACAGCAAAGAAAACGAGACGCAAGCACCGCACGAAAGCGAAAAAGAUAAUUCCAAAAGAAAGUCAUCUCGGCACUUAAAACUGCUGACAAAUCGUAAAUUAAUAUUUCUAUUCAUCGUUUGCGUCUUCUUCUCCUGCUUAAAUCGCAUUGAGGGCCGUCCGAAUAGUUUGGAGCGCCAAAAUCAGAUUACGGAUGGAGCGCCUGUUCCUUUACCCACUCCAGCAGCGGUGAUUGCGGCUGCAACUUCUACAGUCGGGGCUCAGGGAGACAGUGGAGUAACACCCGUGCGAUUGACGGUUGCAUCCAGUGGCAGUGAUGAGAGUAAAAUUUCAUUUCAAACCAACGCCAUAGCAGCAGAACCUACGCCCAGUGAAAAACCCAAAGAAGUCGAAACACAUAGACCACCGAUAAUGAUUUCCGCACAUGACGAUGAUGAUCCCUAUGCGCAUAGACCAGACCGUUAUCCGCUUUCGCAAGUGGAUUUUGAUAGGGUGAAAACGCCAUUUAUAAUUGGUAUCUGGAUACUUUCGGCGAGUGUAGCGAAAAUUGGUUUUCAUAUGACACCAAAAUUACACCUCAUUUUCCCCGAAUCAUGUUUGCUGAUCGUUGUUGGUGUCCUUAUUGGUUUCGUACUGUACUUUUGCACUGAUGUCGCCGUCUCGCCACUUACACCAAAUACAUUUUUCUUCUACAUGCUUCCGCCGAUUAUUCUGGACGCUGGCUACUUCAUGCCAAAUCGUUUAUUCUUCGAUAAUUUGGGCACAAUCCUGUUAAUGGCUGUGGUCGGCACUGUUUUCAAUACAGCAACCAUCGGUCUUUCACUUUGGGGUUGCGGAUUGACUGGUCUCUUUGGUCCUGAAGCACCACGUUUCUUAGACACUUUUCUCUUCGCCGCCUUAAUUUCUGCUGUGGAUCCUGUGGCUGUGUUGGCUGUUUUUGAAGAAAUCCACGUCAAUGAAGUACUGUACAUUGUAGUAUUUGGUGAAUCGCUAUUGAACGAUGCUGUGACGGUCGUUAUGUACCAUAUGAUGGAAGUAUACAACGAAAUCGGCAUAUCGGAGAUAAUCGCUCAAGACAUUGCGAGUGGUGUAGGUUCAUUCUUUGUCGUUGCCAUUGGUGGUACUGUUAUUGGCAUCAUUUGGGGCUUCCUAACCGGUCUAGUGACCCGUUUCACUGAUCAUGUACGCGUCAUAGAACCGAUCUUCAUCUUUGUAAUGGCGUAUUUAGCGUAUCUGAAUGCGGAAAUAUUCCACAUGAGCGGCAUUCUAGCCAUUACCUUCUGCGGUAUAACAAUGAAAAACUAUGUCGAAGCGAAUAUCUCACAAAAAUCUCAUACCACAAUAAAAUAUGCACUGAAAAUGUUAUCCAGUUCAUCGGAGACAAUUAUAUUCAUGUUCCUCGGUGUGGCAACAGUCAAUAAUAAUCACGUAUGGAAUACUGCCUUUGUGCUGUUGACUAUCACUUUCUGUUCGGUGUACCGUGUUUUUGGAGUUGUGAUAUUAUCUGCGUUGGCGAAUCGUUUCCGAUUGCACAAGUUGUCACGUGUCGAUCAAUUUGUUAUGUCGUAUGGCGGCUUGCGUGGUGCGGUCGCCUUUGCAUUGGUGCUGUUGGUCGAUGAGCGCAUCGUCAAACAGAAGGAUAUGUAUGUGACAACUACAAUAGCAGUGAUUUAUUUCACUGUCUUCCUACAAGGCAUAACGAUAAAACCGCUGGUGACGAUGUUGAAAGUGAAGCGGGCAAGCAAGAAAAAACCGACAAUGAACGAACGCAUACACGAGCGGUUCAUGGACCACUUAAUGGCUGGGAUUGAAGAUAUAAUCGGCAAGACUGGCAACUACAAUGUGCGUGAUAAGUUUAAGCGCUUCGACAACCGCUUCAUCAGGCCGCUAGUAAUCAGAGACUUAAAGGGCGCUGAACCGAAAAUUAUUGAGACCUAUUCAAAGCUUACAAUGCGUGAUGCCAUGGAAGUAAUGCGACGUAAUCCGUCGACUAUCGGACAAAUAACGGCCACCGAAUCAAUGAGUGCUCUCUUCAGAAAUUACACCAGUAAUUGUAUUGGUGGAAGGUGGGCACCACCAACUAUUUACACGACAUGUCCAAGCCUUACAAAUCUGGACAAUAGUUGCUCACGAAACCUCGACAUGCAUGAAUUGGACUACAAUCCGUCGAAAAAAGAUCUUACAGAUGCAAAAAUACACCAUCUGCUGGCCGAGGAGUUGAAGCCAUAUAGAAGGCACCGCCGCCUUAGUUAUAGCCGACACGCAGUAGAUGACAGAGAUUUGUCUACGCAGGUGAAUUACAAAAUGCAAAUGAACUUCCGACGAAUGUUCAAUGAUCGGAAACAUCACAAGCGCAGCAAACGCGGCACUAGUAAGCAACAAGAUGGUGUUAAACAAAAUCACGUCUCUUUCCAUGACUUCCAACAGAACGGCACAACGAAACAAUUUUCGCAUGGAGAAGAAAAUCUGGGCAAACUAAACGAGGUGACGGUUGUGAGUGGCGACGAUUGGGAUGACGGCUUGACAUUUACAGCGAAAUCCUCACCGGACUCGGAUCUGGCCAAUAACAAUUCGCUUAUAGCGCACAUACAGAAUUUACCCGGUUUUGAUGCAUCGAAGGCGCGCAUCGUCCAACACUACUCCACACCGAAAAGUGAAAACGGCAGCCCUGAGAAAUUGUUAACGCCCGAUGUGGGCCCAACGGCGGCCGAAUCGAUAUUGCCUUGGCGGCGGGAUCGUUCCUACCAGUGCAUUGUUGCUGAGAAUCCCAUACUCGAGGAGGAUCACAAUAUAUCACGUGAUUCAGAUGGCGAACGCCGUGUGGCCACACCCACCGCCACUGAGUCGCAAUUACCUUGGAAGCGACAGGGUGAUGAGCUUACAGACGCAGUGCAACAAAAUGAAUUCCCCGCCUGGGCUUCGAAUAAGGAGUACCUGGCAUACAAUUCACCUAGUGCCACAUUUUUAGGUGGUAUUAAUAAACCUAAACAGCCCAAGUCUGUCAUAGGUUUAUUCCGGCGUGAGAGUUGCGGUUCGAGGGGUGGCAGCAGUUUAGGUGAUCCCGUGGAUGGCGCUGGUUCGGCACGUGGUUCCGAUCCUACACUAGCCAGUGCGUUAAUCAGCGGCCUGCCCCUGAUGCCGUUGAUACAGCCACCGCAUUCGAAUCCCCGCCUUGAUAAACGUUCGCAAUCAAUUUCGGUCGGCUCGUCUGGUGCCCAUAUCGGUAUGGGUAUAAAUAUGGGCGAUAUAGCGCAUGCGGGACCCUUUCCAGUCACGGCUAGCCAUCGGCGUAAUGUGCGGCGCGGCUCGAUGUUGGAGUUAAGUGGAGACACUAUCCCCGAGGAGACUUAUCAGCACGGCCAUUCCAAGUCCCUGUGCGAACCGACGGGCGAUGAUUGGGACAGCGCCGCUUUGACCACUCGAGAGCGCACCAUCAGCGGUAGCAGCAAUAGCACCGGACGAGAACCACUCCUACCGAAAUUAACGCCACGUGCACAAAUUCGCCGAAUGGGCUGCAGUAGCGCUGGUGGAGGUGGUGGCAGUGGUCUAGUGGGUAUAACGGGUAUUAGCGGUCUGCGCAAUCAAGUGACCACCGCACUACUCUCCACAUCGAAUUCGGAAUAUGAUGACGACGAAGAUGAAGAUAUUGAUUUGUAUGACGAUGAGAGUAUUGUUGUGACAACCUUGACCAGCGGCAGCGUUGGUGGUGGCGGUGGUCGAAAUCGUAGUGGUAGCAGUGGAAGUGGCGGCGCAAAUGGUAGUAGUGGCACCAGUGGCAGCAGCAACAAUACAACAACCACCAUACGGCUGACACGCAACAAUGAUGAGAGCAUCAUUUGAGAUAGUAGACGCGCGCAACUAUAACAGCGACUUCUUGCCAGCGGCGGCAGCAGCAGUCAGCAGAGGCGUAUAAGCCGUUGGGCAUACAAAUAUGAAAUGUUACAGUAAAUAGUGAGAGAAGAGGAGAGUGUAAGAGUAACGAUUCGUGCGGUAAAUGCCCAAUGAAAUAAAUUAAAUGCCAAUAAAUACCGCUAAUCAAGGUAUAAUUUCGUAUGUGGGCUCUGUGUAGUAAUAAGUAUUGAAGGGAGAAGGGUUUAGUUAAAUAAAAAAGGCUAUGGAUAGUUUGUUGCGCCGUCAAGCCAGGACAACGAUUAGUUGUAUGCGUAAGUAGAUUCGUUCAGUUAUGAAACUUUUUUGCUAAUAAGUUUUUGUUAAGUAGUUUUUAAUUAGCGAUACACUCGUGUGUAUGUUUAUGUGUACAUACAUACAUAUGUAUAUAAUGAUUUGAUUAUCUGAAGGCUUGGCAAGCCGCAGGGUGGAAAAUGUGCACAAUAUUUCUGUUAGUGUAAGAGCAUAAAAUGUGUGCUAAAAUUUUUGGGGUGUGCUGAUGAAGUAACGGUACGCGGUCGCAUAUGAAUUGCCGUGCGAAUACAAAAAACAUUUGCAAACGCUGCUUUUGUAAAAUUGUAAAUUGUAAAAAAAUCUGCGAGUUAUGCUUACGAGUUAGUUCCGUUUUACACAUUCGAGGGAGUGGCAUCAAGAAAAUAAAUUUGUUUUGCCAUCAUAGAGCAUAUGUGUCUAUGGGGCAGGUUCUGUAAUGCACUUCCGCGUGAAUUUUAAUACUUUUGCCAGAAAAUUUCAAUCAAAUGCACUCGAAAGUGAGUUACAAAACCUGCUCGUUAAAGUACUUAAGUUGCACCAAACAAAGAAAGUUUCUUAUUUCUUAAUGUUACUCUUUUGAUUUGUUCUAUGGCCAAAAAAAUUAGGCACCCUUUGUUUUUUGUAUUUUUAUUUAAUAUUUAGCCGUGCGUAAUAUUUAAAAAAUGGCACCCAAAGCUUUAUUAAAACAAAUGUGGUCACAAAAAAAAAAAUAAAAAACUGAUUUGAAUAUUUUUUUUUAUUUUUAAAAUUUAGAUAAAUCGUGUUUUUUUAGAAAUUGCACAAAUCCGUUAAUUUAAAAAUUAAAAUAUAUUCAAAAAAUUAUUUUUUAUAUAUUUAUUGUAAUAUUUACCCCAUGCCGUGAUGCCAAAAACCCCCAAAAUUUAAAAAACGUCAGAGAAAUGUCAAAGAGGAAAAAGAUAAAUAUUUUCUUUUGUUCCAAAUUAAAUUUUUGUUAAAAUUAAAAAUUUUUUUAAAUGUAUUUUAAUAUUUUGAUUAAUUUUUAUUUUUUACUUUUAGUCUAAGACACUGUUUUUCAAAGCUAAGAGUAUCAUUUCUUGAACAUUUGGGAACGAAAAUUAAAACAUUUUAUAACAAAUUAACGGAAAAGUACAUUUUAAAAUAUGAUACCAUAUGCUUUAUUUAAAACAAAUGUCUUAGACCAAAAGUAAAACAAAAAUUAGAUAGGUAUUUUUGUUUUUUAACUUUAAAGAUUUGAACAAUUUUUUUAGAAAUUUGGAAAUUGCACAUAUUCGUUAAUUUAUAAAUUUAGAAAACUUUUUUAUGACCAAAAAAACUAAAUUUUUUUAUUUAUUUAAUUUUAAUACUUACCCCAAGCCGUGGUGGACCCUGAGAAGCCCCCACAAUUUAACAAAUUUUAAAACUUUAUCUUAUAUUUUUUUUUAUUUUUUACCUAAAACAUUUUUUGAACAUUUGUGAAAGAAUAUUAAAACAGGAGAUGAAAUAUUAAAGGGACUUUUUCCUAUACGAAUUCAAUGGUAACUUUCAGUGUGCGGCACGCGUUAAUAUUUAAUAAAUAAAAACAAAUUUAAAACAUAAAAAAUAGAAAAAAUAAAAAAUGAGCUGUCUCCUUUUUUGGUCAAACAACAAAUUUAUAAGGUAGCAUCAAGAAAUUUGUUUUUCUUGUUUUGUGCCACCCUAAUGUCAACAUUUGAAGACACUUUUCUAUUUUGAACUUUCUUUUUAAUUUGAAAGCAAAAGAUGUACGUAAUUAUUCUGAAAGUUACGUAACCGACUAACUUUUCCACGCUUUUUCUACCUACUGUAAAUAUGAAUGUAAAAAAUAAUUGAAAUUGAAAAUUAAAGAUAUGUGAAGGCUAACAUUUUAAUUGAUUUUUUUUUUGUUUUUGUUAUUUUCUUCAAUUUAUAAUGAUUAUGUGAUUUUAUUCCAAGCAAAUGUGUUCCAAUUGUUCCAAAAGAAAAGAAAAAUAUGCAAACAAACAAAAAUAAAAAUAACAAGAAAAUGAAGUAUGCUUCAAACAGCAUUGUAGAAAAACAUGAUACGUAAAAAUAUGUAUGUAGUUGUAAAUUACAAAUAUUCAACAAAAAUUACAGAAAAACAAAAAUUAUUAAAUAAUUGCGCAAAUUAAUUUAUCUGUAAUUUAAGCUGCAUUUGUGCUUAAGUACUUAAAUGAACGUUGUGCAUUGACUAACAGUAAAAUUAGAACAAAUAGCAGUAGACCUACAAAACCAAUUGCCAUCUACUUAGCAACACUGUACAGCAGCAAGUGAAACUUGGCAACUAACGGCUGUGCAAAAAAAUAAAAAUAAAAAAGAAAUAUUUUCCUUUGCGUGAAAUAGUUGCAACUAACAGUAACAAACAAAAAUUUUAAGAAAUACAAAUGUUUCCAUUUUCUAACAGAUUUUAUUUAUUCAAUGUUGUUAGUUAAUUUUCUAGUUAAUCAAUAAUUUUAUUAUUUCAACUUGAUUUACUUUAUUAGUUAAUUUUUUAAAAUUUUCACAAAUUUUGAUAGAAAAACUGGUGUUAGAAAUAAAUUAUGGUACAUGUAUGUUAUAAUAUGUAUGAAUUUACAUAUGUAGCGGGCAAAUGAACAGUCUAGAAACUUUGUACAGUAAAAUUUUUUAACUAAAAAAUAAUAACGCGCAUUUUAUGUAUGUAAAUGGCAUUCAACAUGUGACUGUAUUAGCAAAAGGUGAAAACAAAAAAUGAAAUCCAAAACGUUCUCUAGACGCUAAACUGUGAAUAAGAAAUAUGUACAUAUGUAGUAUGUACAUAAGUAUAUGAGACAUGAGAUGCUAUAGAAAUGAGAAUCCUAACGAUAAACAUGUAUAAGUAUGUAAUAGAGAUAACUUUAGUGUAGUAGUACGAGGUUAGUGUGCGCUGAUGAAGUGUGUGUCGGUUAGAGACGGCGUGAAUGCAUGGGUUUUAAAUUAUUUUUAUAACAUUAGUAUUAGUCAUAAAUAAGCAUAACCUAACAGUAAUUGAACAAAACACCCCAACAAAAAAAUAAAAAAUAAAAUGAAAUCGUUAAAUUUGUAGUUCAAAUUGGCAAGCAAAAAUACGCAAAAUUUUAUCAAAUUAAAACUGACAGCUAAAAUUAAUGAGAAAAAACAAAAAACCAUUGGCUACAAAGACAAAUAAUAAAAGGAAACAUUAAAAUGUUAAGACAAAACAUUUUACCAAGAAAACAAAUUUGUAUAUACAUAGAUUCAAUUUGUAUUUGUUUUCUACUGCUUCAUUGGGCAAACGUUUACAAUUUUUGAAGCUAACAACUUAAUUUAAUGCUCAGUUAUGUAGGUGCAUAGGCACCAGAGAGCAGAAUGGAUGGCAUCAUUCGCUUUAUUUUCUUACCUACACACUCAACCACUCAGUGAUCUGUAAAAAUAGCAUGCAUUGACAUUGAAACAUUGUGUCAGUAAUAACAGAGAGUCACGAGAGUUACAAAGAUUAUUUGCCAGUACUGACAUCACAUUUCCACUCAAAUAUACUGUGGUGUCUCAUUUUUGUGAAGUAAGAAGUAUGACGGUAGUUAUAGAGACGAGUUUGAUGUCUUUGCUCAUAUACACGAAGGGUAAACGACGCACAGUGCUGCAGCUCCAUAUAAAAAUUGGCCAAACAUCGGAAAAUGGCUGGAUUUCGCUAAAAACGUGUAAGUUAGUGGAGUUACGUAGUUAAGUGCGCUCAACCCAAAUGUUAAGUUUUUUUUUCAUAGCUUUCAUAUUUUCGAUGAAAUUAAGACUAAGAUGAAGAUUAAAAAUUUUUCUUUCUGAAGCACUUCUACAAUACUAAAUACGGCUAUAUUUGGGACAAGAAAAUGUAUUAUCUUUUCCUUAGAAAGCACUGCACGACGCAGCGAAACAAGUGCCCUGCCGGGUGCUCAGAAAUAUAUCACGAUUCGCUAUAAAUGACAUCAUUUUUCAUCUCUGGAACUUGUCGCGAUGAUUUGUCCUUCCUCUUCUUUUCACCCGUUUGCUAAAAAUUUAGUGCUUGUAACUCUAUCAUUCCUUACUCAAUGGUUGAAAUCAAAAAUUCAAGUGAAUAAGUGAAUCACAUUUUCAAGUAAUUGAUUUGAGCAACGAGCGCAUGACAUCUUUCAAAUUCUUUAUGUAUGAAUUGAGAUAUAUCCAAAAUGUCUUUGUAAACUUCAUAGCACAUGUGGAAAAAAGUAAUCUCCUUUCUAGUGUCAUCUUUUAAAUAGCCAAAAAAAAGAAUGUUCCAAACUUUACUGGCACCUCCUUUUUCGCAAAUUUUAAAGUUCUUUCAUAAUACUCUAUUUUAUAGCGUUGUGACACAAAUUAGUCCCUAAUUAGCGCUCGAUUCAUCACUACACAGAGUACCACUACACUAAUUUUAUAUUGAAAAUAUGUGAAUAGUUACAAUUAUGAAAAAUUCAAAACUAAAUGCACUUACAUAUCAUCCAUUUUCGAAGCUAUAUGCCUCCAUUUUUUUAUAUUAGCUGUUUCCAGUCAAUCUUUUAAAAAUCGUUUCAUCAAGGUGUGGUGGGAAACCUUUGUGAAAUGAGUGCACAGCAUAUAUAUAUAUGUAUUUAGUUCACAUAGCCUAUGUUGAAUGAGUAUAUUCGUUCUGCUCUUUGGUAUGUAAGCACACUAAAAUCAAAGCUUCCAGCUGAUUUCUCCUUGUAUCAAAAUUUCAAAAGGGUACACAUACAUAUGUAUGCCUUAAAGUUUGUAUUAUAAAAUAUAUAAAAUUGGGCAUAUUCAAGGUGUAGCAAAAUUAAUCACUUUCGGGAGAUUUACAAUUUUUGCAAAUGGCGUCGUACGCCAAUCCUAUUUGGCACGGGUGAACUAGACAUUUGCAAUAUUUGUAAUGGAGAUAUAAUAUGUAUUUAGUAAAAAAGUUUUUCAAAACAUAUUGGAUGAUUAAUUUUGCGCCUUCUUGUACAUAUGUGUAUCUUAACACAAAUGAACGCCAAAUAAUUUGAAACUUCGAGUCAUGACCUAAAAAUGGCUGCCCAAAAGUUGAAAAUUAAGUUGUCAAAUACUUAAAGAAUCUACUUUUUUUUGUAUACAUUCACUUUUGCCAAUUUGUAUUUAUUCCAAAAUUAGAUCAAAAUAUUUUAAAUAUUCCUAGUUGCCAAUUGUACUUUUAAUAUUUUUUUUUUUUAAUUUUUGUUAAGUUUUAUAACUUUUGUUUCAUCAUAAAAAAAAUGUUUAAUUGCAAUUUUUAAAAAUUUUAUUCAUUGCACUUCUCAAAAUGUACUUCAUAUUUAUGUAUGUAUAUUUCUAUAUACGAAUAACAUGCAUAUAUUACGUAUACUUUUUUUAAGAAAAUUAACUCUCAAGCACAGCCUAAAUUAACCAUUGUACACAAAUUAUUACACAGGUCGAACAAAAAGCUGUUUUCUGGAUUCCUUUUUCAAAGCAUAAAUUCUGAUGCUAGCCAUCGAAAAGAACCAAACCAGGUUUGGCCUUCAGCUAUUGUGAAAGACGAAAUUGAGCGAGUAGCUCGGCUGCCAUGUCAGCAGGCACUCGGCACCAGAAUUCUGCCCGCUAAUUUCACACGUAUUCACACACUCGUCCAAUCAGUCGUUGUUCAGAAGUUAACGAAGUAAUUUGAGCGAUGGUUGUAUUGAUUUUCUUCGUAUGCCACCAACACAAUCUCGGUUUUUUUUGUAAAUAAACCUUUGUGCUAUGACUCCGGUUAGCUCAGCCAAUCAGGUGAUUGUCGGUUAACGGUCUGAUUUUGGCAAGCCUGUGAAAUCGUUUCACCAUGCCAAAUUAUCCAUUAGUAGCUUUUAAAGUUUGCUUUUGUAUGCUUUACAUCAAUAAGAUUUUUGAUUAUGGAAGGGUGCAUACAAACAUACCAUAAAAUCGCUAUGAAUAUUCAUUUGGUUUCUUUUAUAGUUAGUAUUAAGUAUAUUGUUUCAAACCUUACAGGCUAUAGGUAAAAAAUUACUUAAAUAUAAUACAAUAUUUAAAGAUAAAGACUAGGAAGUAAUUUGACUUCAGCUUAGAUAAAAAUAGAGAUCUAGGAAGUGCGAAAUCAAGAUCGAGACUAUUAAAAAUUCUAUUAAUUCCAUUAAGAGGUCUAGUAAUAGGUGCAUAUUUGAAAGAUUGCGGAGCAAACUGUGUUGAGCUCAUUCGAUGUUUUGGGAGUAAACAGUAUACAUUUUUUUCCUAAUUACUGAGGCAUAUUUCAACUUUGACCUCACUAGGGAAAUGCCAUAUAAAGCUUUUUACUAGUAUAAAGAUCUUUAAAGUCUCGCGCAUAACGUAGCAGAAAGCCCAAGUUGGAAUAGGCUGUAGGAAUAAUGAAACUAAUGUGAUUAACAAAGCAGAGUCCUGAGUCAAAAACAACACCUAGAUCCGAAAAUUCAUUUACUGCGGAAAGACGAACAUUAGAAAUGGUAUAAGUAAAGCCAAUUGGAUUUAAAACGUUAUUGAUCGUUAUGUGGAAAAAUUUACUGAUAUUAAGCGAUAAUUUGUUCCUGUUAUUCCAUUCGGAUAGAUUGUUUAAAUCAUCACUUUGUUAUAACGAAUAGCGGGUGUAUGCAGGUAGUUAAGGUUAGAUUAUGCUUAAGCGAUACGAUACAUUCUAGUCUUUCAAAACUGAGAGCACCCAGGUAGCAUAUCUAGUUUUCUCGAUCACCGGACAGCAACAUAGAAAUUGCUCCAGGGCAUCUUUUGUACCCGGUUCAUUACAUUUCCUGCAAGCAUUAUUAAAAUGCAAAUACGUGCAAGCGUGUUAAAUGCUUUUUGGAAUGAUAGACUGUAUGAUUUGAUCGCUUUUAUGACCGAUUGGCUUUAAGAACAAGAAAUCGCAAAAUUCGUAAUUUGUUUGGUGGAAUUAAUCGUCCGAGUUGAAAAUUCAAAGGUUGGUGAAAAAAUUUCAAGAAACUGGUACUGUCGAGGAUAGAAAAUGAACUGUACGUUAUUAUUCAGUUUGGAAUUUUUUUUUCAUUAUUUUAUGUUUUUGUGCUAAGAAUAAUCAUCAUCAAUCAAUUAAAAAGAAGCAAGUCUUUCACCACCUGAUCUUUCCAACGCAGAGAAGGCCUUCCUCUUCCUCUGCUACCACCAGCUGGUACCGCAUCGAAUACUUUCAAAGCCGGACCGUUUAUAUCCAUUCGGACGACAUGACCCAACCAACGUAGCCGCUGGAUUUUUAUUCGCUGUGCUAUGUCUAUGUCGUCGUAAAGCUCAUACAGCUCAUAGUUCCAUCGCCUGCGAUAUUCGCCAUUGCCAAUGUGCAAAGGUCCAAAAAUCUUACGCAAAAUCUUUCUUUCAAAUACUCCAAGCGUAGCUUGAUCGGAUAUUGUCAUCGUCCAAGCUUCUGCGCCAUACGUUAGGACGGGCAUGAUGAGAGCCUUGUAGAGGGUUAGUUUUGUUCGUCGAGAGAGGACUUUACUACUCAGUUGCCUACUUAGUCCAAAGUAGCACUUGUUGGCAAGAUAGAUUCUACGUUGGAUUUUAAGACUGACAUUGUUAUCGGUGUUGCUGCUGUUUCCUAAGUAUACGAAGUCUUUUACAACCUCGAAAUCAUAGCUGUGAACAGUGACGUGGGUGCCCAUACGCAAGUGCGCCGACUGUUUGUUCGAUGGCAGGAGGUACUUCGCUUUUUUUUAAAAUUUCGAAAAAAUGCACUGGUUUCUACAAAACCAAACUUUGGUGAAAAAUUUGAUUUUUUCCUCUAUUAGUAACGUAAAAGUAAACAAUAUAUGAUAUUCAGCAUAAGCCAGACCCAAAAAUUGUGUCGACCGGUGUUAUGAAAAAGAUCUUCCAAAAUCAAUAAGAUACGUAACGAUGCACAAGAAAGGUAGGAGCAAAUUUUCUUCAAUACUACAGCACUUGUUAAAAGAAGGCAAUUCGCUUAUUUUCGAUUAUUAUUCGAUAAUAAAUACGAUUUUCACGCCUGUUCUGCUGUUAAUACGAGUAAUUUAAAACAAGAUAGAAUUAUAUUAUUUUUUCUAUUUCGGCAAAUACUUUUACUUUUACUUACUUAAUACUUCAAAAUUUUUAUUUUUCAAUUGUAAAUAAAGUAAAAGUUGUAUUCCGUCUUUUCUUGUAAGGUAAAAUUUUUGCACACCAGAUUUCAAAAAUGUACUUAAUUUUUACUCGAAAUGUUGCCAUAUAAUUGCCUUUUACAAUAAUAUUUUUUGUGGGUAUUUUUUUUUAACGCGCUUCCCAUCAAAAUGUAUGUAUAUAUUUCCUUUCUCCACCCGCUCGACUUUCAUUUCCAAUUUUUAGAGACAAUAACUAUACAAACGAAAAAAGUAUUUGAAAAUUCAAUUAUAAAUA